AUGCAUCCCAUAUCCAUCGAUGCCGAUUGCGAAGUUCGCGGUCAUAAAAUUAAGAUUAAAGCUUUAAAGAGGUGGAAGACGGAAUAUGCGCAUUUGUCGCAUACGUUUUGUUUGGGUUCCUAUACUUCUUCUACUUCUACUUCUAAUAUAAAUUUUGAUGAAGAACAACAAAAACAGCAGCAAAAACCAGUGGGAUGUGUGGAGUUUUUGGGGGAGGAGGCGAUGAGAAAUGAGAGGUUUAGGGAGGAAAUUGUGGUGGUGGGUCUGACGUUGAUGUAUACGAUGUUUUUGAGGAUGAGUAGUAUUUUGUCGCUUGUGGGGGCGGUGUGUGCGAGGCCUGGGUGGAGAGAGGAGGAGAUGGAGGGGGAGGGGGAGAGGGAGAUGGGGAAGAGGAAGGGGAAUGUCAAGGGUAAUGGAGAGUAG